UGUCUUUUCAAACUUCUGCAAUCUAUAGAUUUUCCUAAUUUUUCAAUUUUCUCGAGAAGAUCUUUUUUUUUGUGAAACUAUUUCACCUCCUCUACUCUCUAUUACUCUAAUUUUCUUCCUCAUUACUUUUCCAUGGCGACGAAGCAGCCAUAGUGUGGGGUCGGGGCCGGAGCAGACCUGGGUCGACGGAUUCUGGGAGCUUCUCGGAGGUACUCACGGACCAAGAACGAAGCUUUUUGGACCUCUAGAAACCAAAUAGUGAAGUUAUAUUCGAAAAAAUGUCUAUGAAAUGAGUGCUGAAGGCUAGUUAAACAGCCAUGCUCGCCAAAUCUCACCGACUUCUGAGAAAGCUUUCCCAUGCUGACUCUAACUUCUUGCUUCCUGUGACCAGUAUUGGGAGCUCUCCUCGAAGACUUCUUCCUGUUACGUUUUAUUCAACCCGGGAUCCAAAUCAACUGCCUACUGAGUAUUGUGAAGGUGGUGAUGGAAUUAGGAAAGUGCCACUGGCCAAGAAUUUGGCUAAUUUGUUGGAGGAGUCCUUAAACUCAACUGACAAAGCCGGGCUACAAAGCUAUCAUGUUGAUGAAAGAUACGAAAAAAAUGACCUGGCUAAGAAUUUGGCGUCAUUGGUUCAAGAAUCUUAUGAAGUUUCCAACAAAGAAUCAAAACCAAAAACCCGUGUGGAGAUCAAAAGGUUUCUUGAGAUGCGAAUAAAGAAGAAGGUGAAAGCACAGUACAUGAAUGGGAAGUACCACGACCUCAUGAUGAAAGUGAUUGCUGAUCCCAGCACUCUAAAGGAUGCAUAUGAUUGUAUAAGAUUGACCUCUAAUGUUGAUUUGGCAUUAGAUGGUGAUGACUUGCCCUUUUUGGCCAUUGCAAAAGAACUAGCUGAUGGAAACUUUGAUGUUGGGGCCCAUACGUAUUCAAUGCGGUCGAAAGGGCCAAAGGUCAAGAAAGAGGAACUUGUUUUACCAGAACUGAAGUUAAGGGUUGUUCAAGAGGCCAUUAGAAUAGUCUUGGAAGUUGUUUACCGCCCUCACUUCUCUAGGAUUUCGCACAGUCUUCGAAGUAAUAGGGAUCACUGGUCAGCGUUGAAGUAUAUCUGCAAAGAGAUACCUGAUCCGGACUGGUGGUUCACUUUGCCCAUUAACAAAAAUCUUGAUGACUGCAUCCUUCAAAAACUCCUGUCAUCAAUGGAGGACAAGAUAGAAGAUCCUGUUUUAUGUGAUAUUAUAAAGGAUAUGUUUAAAGCAAGGGUGCUUAAUGUAGAGUUUGGGUCUUUUCCUAAAGGGCAUGGUCUUCCACAAGAAGGGGUCCUUUCGCCUAUAUUGAUAAACAUAUAUCUUGAUCUCUUUGACCGUGAGAUGUACAGGAUGUCAAUGCACUACGAGACUUCGCACACUCUUGGGUUUGAAGAACAGAAGUUGCACUCAAAGCUCCGUGGCUGGUUUAGGAAACAGAUAAGCGGCAGUAGUUUGCAACAAUGCGAUUCUGGAAUGGACUCAGGGGUAAGGGUUCAUUGUUGUCGCUUUAUGGAUGAGGUCUUUUUUGCCUUUUCCGGUUCCAAAGAAGUUGCGUUGGCGUUCAAGUCUGAAAUUGAAGGGUUCUUAAAGAAUUCUCUCUACUUGGAGGUAGAUGAUAAAUCUGAUAUUUUAGCAUCCAAUGAUCCACGUGGUGUUAAAUUUCUUGGUACUUUGAUCAGAAGGCGCGUGAAAGACACUCCUGCUUUACGAGCUGUUCACAAGUUGAAGGACAAAGUCAAGAUAUUUGCUGAACAGAAACAAGAGUCUUGGGAUGCAGGAGCUCUCAGAAUUGGGAAGAAGUGGCUGGCUCAUGGACUCAAAAAGGUUAAAGAGUCAGAGAUCAAACAAUUAGCUGAUAGUAGCUCCAUUUUACAUAAGAUUUCCUGUUAUCGUAGAUCUGGGAUGAAAACAGACCACUGGUACAAGGUGCUGCUGAAAAUUUGGAUGCAACAUGUAAACGCUAGAAGUGCAGGGAAUGAAGAUAAACUGUUAACUAAGCUUGUUGUAGAACCGGCUCUUCCACAAGAACUAAGAGAUGCUUACUUCGAGUUUCAGAAACGAGCUAAAGAAUAUGUUGAUUCCGAGACAUCUUUGACACUCGCACUUUUAACCGGCUCCAAUUCUUCACCCGAACCUCUUUUUACAACAGAAACUGUUGUCCCACUAAACGUCUUAAUGAAACGUCUUCAUCGCUAUGGAUUGACUAAUAGGGAGGGAUAUGGUCGGCCAUGCUACGUGCUAAUCUUACUGGAUCACGAUCAAAUCAUUGAUUGGUUUGCAGGGUUACUCCACCGCUGGCUAAGAUGGUACAGGGGGUGCAAAAACUUUAAUGAAGUGAAGCACUUAAUCUGUGAUCAAGUAAGAAUGUCAUGCAUCCGAACACUAGCUGUUAAGUAUAGGAUUCACGAGGCAGAUAUAGAGAAGAAAUUUGAUUCAGAGCUGAGUAGAAUCCCCUCAACUGAAGAUAUCGAACUUGAGGAAGCAAUCACGGAACUGAUUUCUCCAGAAUAUAACUUUGAUGGCGCCUUAAUGUAUGGAAUACAAUACAGUGGUUUAUGUUCGUUGUCAUUGGCCAGAAUGGUGAGUGAGUCACGCCCUUGCUAUUGUUUUGUCAUAGGGUGCUCAGCCUCAGUCUCAUGUGUUUAUACUCUUCAUGUAAUGGAAAGACAAAAAUUUCCAGCUUGGAAGACUGGAUUUUCAAGUUGUAUACAUCCCAGCUUACACAGGAGAAGAAUAGGAUUAUGUAAAAAGCAUGUGAAAGACUUGUUUCUUGGAAACAUAUCACUUCAAUCAAUAGGAUUUGGUACUUGGAGGUGAAUUCUGCUGUUGAGAUUGGAGAAAAUUAGCUUCUAUCCAUCCAUGCUGUUGAGAUUGGAAAAAUUAGCAUCUGCAGAAAUGUAGCUAUGACAUCUUUUAUUCAGUUUGCAGCAGCUAAGGUGGUAACUUAAAUCUUCUAUAGAUUUUUCUUGAUUAGUAUUUCUGGCGAGAGAGAGAGAGAGAGAGAGAAUAGCUGUAUCGUAUCAAAGUUUUCAUAGUGAAAAUACUUAUUUACUUCCUUUUCAAA